AGGAUUCUGCAUCUUGAACUUUUGGAGAUCAUCUGAGCUUCAGAAUUUCUACCAGGUGUCUACAAGGAAAUAGCCCGGAGGCUGCAAUCAACUGCAAUCCCUUCACACCUUCAUGAUGUUUCCCUUGGCUAGAAAUAUAUUGAGAAGUGUCAAGAUUAGAAGCUUUCAGCAAAUAAGGGCAAGACAGAGCCACAAGAAACACUCCCCAGAUUUCCAUGAUAAAUAUGGUGACACUAUACUAGCCAGUGGCUCCAUUUUCUGUGUUGUUGCAUGGUUAUUUACAGCUACACAGAUUGGAAUAGUAUGGAACCUGUCCCCUGUUGGCAGAGUCACUCCACAAGAAUGGAAUGAUAAGUAACCAUCACAGUUACUGUAACACAGAAUUGUCUCAAAACCAACCUUUCAUUUAAGCACUCUGCUGCUCAUUUAAAU